AUGUCGUCCCUGUUCAUCUAUUUUGUGACAAGUAUAAAUCAAUUUCCUACCGCGAAUUAUGCCCUGGUCACCUUUGGCCAGCCGAGGGUUGGAAACGUGCACUAUGCAGAUUAUAUGAAUGCCCUUCCCAUCAUGAUGAACAGAGUGGUUGCCAGAGCCGACAUAAUCCCCCAUUUCCCACCAGUUGGCCACCUCGGCUUAAUCGAUUUGCUCAUCCACACCACUUAUUUCCAUCACGGGCAAGAAGUUUGGAUAAAUAGGAAAGAAAUUAAUUUUUGUUCUCAAGCCGUUUACGAAGAUUCCACCUGUUCCAACUCCCUCGGACCAUUGUACACGAUUAUUGACCAUUUGCAGUACUUUGACGCGGACUAUUCCGUCUGCUACUUUGUGGAAGGAUGGCUGGAUAUUGAUCUCAUAAGUAUAGCGGGAUUCACCCCCACGGACUACAUCCCCCCGAUGCCCACAGUGAUGGCAGGGUUCCUCACGGGUUUGGUGGAAGGUGGAUACGAGGGCAUUUUACCUGUGAUUGGUUAA